UGUCACAACUGACUACAAAAACAUUUUAUUUUGCUUUAUGCAGGGAGGAUGUGAUCUAUUCACCCUAUCUCCAGGACACAAUGUCACAUGACAGAGGAAGAAUCUGGGAAAGGAGUAGGAAACAGAUGCACUGGUUUAUUCUCAUUUACCUUCUGCUGGCUUUACAAUGCAUGAGUUUUCUCCCCAACUUUUGGUCUCGAGUGUUAACACUGUCCUGGGACUCACACACACACCAGUCCAUCACAGAGCAGGCCAUUCUCAACAUCACACUGGAGACUCUGAGGAGCACCAAUAAACACGAGAGAUACCACACAGAGGAACAGACCAGACUGGGCCGUGGCUUCUGGAGAGCUGUGGGAGAGGUGGUGGCAUCCAACGCUGCCAUGGACUUCCUGAGUUCCACCAGAUCCAACCCGGUGUACCACUUUGACUCAGAGCGCGUGGACAGCGCCAUAGUGAUGUUACAGCAGUUCUGGGAUCAGACUCUGCUCUCAGUACGGGCCAGAGAGUACCAAAGUGCUCGUCACAGCUUGGGCAAGCUAUUCCAUUCCUUGCAGGACUUCUACAGCCACAGUAACUGGGUGGAGAUGGGCCAGCACACUGUUUACCUUCACUUGCUGCAGCCAGAGGAGCCUGCUGUCCCUGUGGCUGCAGAAGACAUUUCUACCUGUAUGGAGUGUUUCAGUGUCACCUGUCGAAACAACCUCCUGCCAAGACCAACAGCCACACAGCAAGGUUCCCAGCUGCUCACCACCGGUUACUUCAGCACCUUCCCUCCAAAACCUGAGGGCAAAUGUAGUCAUGGAGGUAUUCUGGACAGUAGCCGCUACAUGGGGGCUAAAGGGGGCAUCAACAAGGACAGCACCUCACCUUUCUUCUCCCCUCACCAUUACCUCCAUAUGGAAGCUACCUCUGUGGGCCACAAAACCUUCCUCAAGCUCUUCAGUGUGAAACAUGUCCCUGCACUGGUAUUUGUCAUGGACACUACAGGCAGCAUGUUUGAGGAGAUCACCGCUGCCCGCUUCCGGGCGUACUCCAUCAUCCAGAGCCGACCCAACAGCUCUGGGCAGCCCGGCACCUUUCUGCUUGUACCCUUCCAUGACCCAGCUGUAGGACCAGUGUAUGAGACUGAUGACCCAAACCAGUUUAUGCAGUACAUGGAGAACCUGACGGCGCUGGGAGGAGGAGAUGAACCAGAGAUGUGCCUCUCUGCCAUUCAGCUGGCUCUCACCCACAGUCCACCACUGUCAGACAUCUUUGUGUUCACUGAUGCUUCCCCUAAAGACGCCCACAUGUUUGAUGCAGUGAAGGCCCUCGCGCUGGAAAAACACAGCAAGGUGACAUUUCUCCUAACUGUAGACCAAACCUACACAGCAAAGAGCAGAGGAAUGAGAACGAGGAGGAGGAGGAGGAGGAGGAGAAAGAGGAGUAUGGAACCUGUGGCUCCGGAUCGGUUCUCUCUCUACUCCUCCCUGUCCUCCCUCUCAGGAGGACUGACAAUAUUCACCACCAAGUCUGACAUCCACAAGGUCUCUACCAUAGUAGAGGAUAACACAUCUGCUGACAAGGUGACUCUCCUCCAUGUAGCGAGUGUUCGAGAGUUGACGUCUUCCCAUUCCUUUAGAGUUGACAGCGCAGUAAAAACCGUGACUCUACAUGUCACUGGUGUCCUGAUGGAGAGUAUCCUUACCAGUCCCUCAGACCAAAAUCAGUCCCUGUUCAGUGAGCAGGAGCCCCUUGCAAAGUUGGAGCACUUUGAGGGACUGUACCGCAUCAGCCUGCUUCCUCCUAUAGAGCCAGGCCAGUGGAAACUGUACGCCAAGAGCAAUGGACACUUAACAUUCAAUGUAAUAGGUGACAGCAGCGUAGAUUUCCUGUAUUAUUUUGCUACUGUAACCAAUGAGACACACCCAGGUCUGGCAAGAGUGGAGGGCAGUCCAGUAGCAGGUGGCUCUGCCUUCCUGGUGCUGGCAGUGACAGGCCUGGCUUCAGAUGAGGAGGUAUCUUUCAGUCACGUGACAUUGCUGGGAGCUGAAGGGGAGACCCUUCGGCAUGUGCGGCUGAAUUCCUCCUCUUCUCCAUCAUCCUCCUCUGUGGAGGAACUGGUGGGCUGGGUGGACUCUGUCCCCAGAGUUCCUUUCUGUGUUCGUCUUACAGGCCAAGACAGCAGAGGAAACAAGCUGGAGAGAGUUUCCACAGAGAUGGUGCUACCCACUCAUGUUCAGAUACAGGUAUUGCUUGCCCCCCGCUUGGUACCUGGUCACAGCACAAUGGUGGACUUUGACAUCCUGAACCAUGGCCCAGCUCGACUUUUCAUUUUGACUGCUGAUGACGACUGUGGAUAUCUUCAUACAAGAGGACCUCACAGCUUCCAUGUUGAAGAACAGAAGUCUUUCUGUGGCCAGGUGGACCUCCACACUCCUGCCACAGCUCAGGCAGGAGUGACUGUUACGCUUACACUCACUGUACAUGCUGUUGACUCUACAGACUCAAAUUAUGCAGUGACUUACUUGACAGUGGUUCCUCCGGAUGCAGACACAUCCCCACCAUCUUGCUCCACCGCAGUAGGGCAGUCCAACUGUCCUUCCACUUGCAAUGAAUCUAGCUGGAGUGUAUAUCUGGUUGUGUCAGACAGGGGGCGCUCUGGCCUUGCUGCCCUCCAGCUACAGAAAGGUGAAGGUAUUCUGACUUUACUUCACAGCCCCCCACCUGCAGACGACAACCUGGGAGAGGCCCAGCCUGGCCCCACCCACCAGGAGAAGAAAACCAGUGAAGGCCACUACCUCCAUCACCACCACAAAGCCAGGUUAAAGAAAGGAGACCCCCCUUUGAAUGUCUCCGAAUGGGUACUGGGCUCAUCUCAGCCACUGUGGGUGAGGUACACAUCAAACUGCUGCUCUGCUCAGGCAGAGCUGCUAGUGUGGGAUGCAGCUGGAAACAUGAAGCGAUGCCAUCUCACAUCUGGUCAGCAGAAGCAAGUCACAGCCAGGAGCCCAGACACCGGUGGAACUGGACGGAUUACACUCAUAGGUGUCUGUUUGUUGUUGUUAGGCCUGCUGUGGUCUCCUCUGCACUAGGUCAAUGUGAUUACAAAUAUUUUGCUGGAUAAACAAAUCUGUGUUGAUGUCUGAAUUGCAGCCUCCCGGAUAAGGCAUUAAUCAA